CUGCUCUUUUUUCCGCCUGUAUAAAGCGAGAAGUUUGCGUAAAAGAAAACACAGAUGGAGAAGGCCAGUCGGCUCGCUUUGUCACAUAGAGUCCCCUUAAGCCCGUGUGACAACUCCAACACUGUCCCUUUGUGAAAAGCUUAAUCACUAUAAUGCCCGGUCUCUGCGCGCUUUGUCUUGCCGUCACUCUGGCUGCGUUCGCCCGGCUCGCCGGCUCUGUGGGGCCGGUAGUCCGAUGCGAGCCGUGCGACGCCAGUGCGCUCCAGCAGUGCAAACUGCUGCCGAAGGACUGCACGGAGAGCGUAAGGGAGCCCGGCUGCGGCUGCUGCAUGACGUGCGCCCUCGGCGAGGGAAAGGCUUGUGGAGUGUACACUGCGCGCUGCGGCUCCGGCUUGACCUGCAGGCAUCAGCCCGGAGAGACCCGUCCUUUGCAAGCUCUGUUGGAGGGACGAGGGGUAUGCACCAGCGCAACAAAAAAACUCAACAGCUAUCUUAAGCCGCCGCAAAAACAAGAAAAUGCAGGAAAUAAGGUGGAUGAUGGUGCCAAUGUGACUGAAUCCGUGACGGUCAUGCCUGCUGAGGCAACUGUGAAUGAUGGGCACAGCCCUGGGUCAAUGAACACCAGGCCUCCACUGCACAACAAACUGAUCCAGAUAGCAGAGAACAAGAAGACGCAGAGCUACAAGAUGGAACAUGUGUCAGGAGGAGUCAGUAAGGACAUGCAAAACUUCUCCCUGGAGAACAAGAGGGAGACUGAGUAUGGGCCGUGUCGUCGGGAGAUAGACAGCAUCAUGAACAGCCUAAAGAUCAACAACGUGCUCAACCCUAGAGGCUUCCGCUUACCUAACUGUGACAAAAAGGGUUUCUACAAGAAAAAACAGUGCCGUCCAUCUAAAGGCAGGAACCGGGGCUUCUGUUGGUGCGUGGACAAAUACGGGCAGCCUCUCCCAGGCUACGACGACAAACAGGGCAAGACCAAGUGCUAUCACCUGGAGAGCAAAUGAGGGGAGGACAGAUGAGGCCGCGCAUGCAUGGAGAGAAAGAGAGGAAAACAGCACAAGAAAGGGGGAAACGAAGAGACGGAAUGAAAGAAAUAAGGAGAAAAGAAUGAGGGCUUGUUUUUGCUCUUACAUAUAGAUUGAUGUGAACAUUUGAAGGAACUUUGGAUCUUUGGUUUCAGGUCCUAUUUCAGGGGUGGGGAAGAAACAAGGGUUAGGGGGAGGGGAAGGAGCAGAGCACAGCCUCCUGUCCUUUACAGCUAUCUGUCCCAUACCUGGGGAACCUCCAUCUAUUCUGUACACACACACACACACACACAUACACACACACACAUAUAUAUAGAUAUAUACAAUUAAGCUGAGACAACAGGAGGAAAGAAUCCAUCCUAUCAUCUGCACUAUUCUUAUAGAGGGAGGGGAAGGAGGGACUUUCCCACUCAGUUUAAAGAGGACUUGUUUAUGACUGUGACCCCCCCCCCUUGAAAAAAGUCGCACCAACACCGAUCUAUCAUGUGUGUGUUUGUUGUAAGUGUGUAACCGCAAGGUUUGUUUGUCUUUUAAUCCGUGAGCGCCAGCAUAACUUACGUUUUCACAGCUGCCUGUCUGUCUGAGAUGGUGUGUGAGAGCAUGCUUUCCCAAAACAGCUUCUUCCUUCGACCCUACUCUAUCAAACAAUGCAGAAAAAGACAACACCUUCUGGCUCAGGGUCCAUUUUUGUAAAGCAAUGUGUGUAUGGAGUGGCAGUUUGUUUAUUUAGCACAUUGACCUCCUUUGUUAUUUUUUGCUGCCUUUUUGCUGUUUGUCAUUAAUGUGCAGGGUAAAUAGGUUAGAGGGAAACCGUACAUUUAAAGUGCCUUAAACUCUUUUAAUGCCUCCCUUUUCCAUCUGGUUCUUCGGUUCUCGUUGCAAGAGAAAACCUACGUUUAAAAUAUUGACUUGAGAAGUUGGUAGUUGUCGUCAUUGCAGAGUGCAGCAUUCGUCUCACAAAUGCAAGUUUGCCAACCAGCACCUAUGACAUGAUACAUUUCUUGAUUUCUAGGAUAGUUUUAGAAUAAAAUAAACCAGUGUAACUUCUUGCAAAGAUCUAUAGCAUUACAUGGUCUUUUUGAUGUCUAGAUUUUUAGGAAAGCGCAUUAAAAAAUACCCCAACCUGAUUGGUGGAUGUUCGCUGAAUUGAAAAGCCGUCCAAGCUAAUUUCAUAAGUCCUCAUGAGUGUAUUUGGAACACCCAAUUUAAGAUGUUUUCCUGGUAAAAGUGGAAGCUACGAUCUACUUAAAAUCUGCUUGCAUGUUUACACAUGUGACAUUGGUUUUUCAGAAUUAACAGUUUUCCUCACAGCAUGUUUCGUGUUCAUCCUUCUUUCCCAUUGCUCUUGCAGCUCUGAGGUCCUCCAGUCCUUGUCCACAUACCAUUGUCCUCAGUUUGUCCUCAUUCUAUGUACGUGCCUGAUCCUGAUCCCUUUCCUUUUGCAUCUUCCAGUCAGUGGUGCAACAUGGUGUUGGCUUGAUUCUAUUUUUUGUCUUUACGGGUCGAGUCAGGUGUGACCGCUUAGCUCUGCCACAGGUGCCAGCUGCCCCCUAUGCUUCAAGCACAAGCACUUAUAGCACUUUAGCUGCCCUGCUCCUCACCAAUGUAUGCAGUUAAAGACAAUUGGACCUAUCUGCAUCUGUGUACCUUUCCACGGUGGUAAUGCCAAAUGUUACAGCGUGUUAUAAGAAAACAAUAUUUCAUAAGCUGUAGUUGUGUGAAAAAGCUUUACAAUACACCUAUUUCUUUCUUCCUGGCAGACAGACUUUUAUGUAUUCUAUUAAGUGGUCUUCAUUAGCAGUUUUCUGGGCUUUCUAAAGGAUAUAUUGAGCGUGGUAGCUUGAGACAUCAUAAGAAUAUUAUUAUUAUUAUUUUUUAAAUAAUGAGAUAGAUGUUAACAAUCCAGUUUAGUCGUUAAUCCGGAUAAUGCUUUGACUGCACCUCUACACUAGAAUUAAACUGAGUUUUGGUGAAGUGAAAUGCAUGCACCCAGUGUCCCUGUGGACAGAUUUACAUUGGAUAUUAGAAAUAAGGAUGUGGACUUCCAUGUUGCUUUUUACGGUAUGUUGGAAAUCAGCUUAACUAAAACUUUUUAAUGAAAACCUUUGAAGCCUUUACGCUAGCACCUUUUCAGAUAUGUUCAGGAUCUUUUUUAAUCUAGCAGUUUUACAAACUUCUCAGAAAUGAAAAAGUAGCUGUUUGCUUUUGUGAGAACAGCAAGGAAUCGCUCAAUGACAUCAUUGCCAAAUUCACAUAUUUUUUUAACUAUAACUCAGAAGUGUCAGAAAGUGAUUAAAAAACACCCUGAAUAUGUUUAGCACUAAGAAUGAGCUGUCUUGUGUGAUUAAUUUAAAGUCUGGAUGCAGAAGGGUGAAGAGCUCAGACUGUAGUUGGGAGGGAUUGGUUCUGUUACGUGUGGAUUCUUUGGGACAGAGGAGGGAGUCCCUGCUGCUUGCUGAGAAGGACAAGAAUUAUGGUUGGUUUUGCAAAAGAAUGUCCAAAAACCUCCAAUAACACCAUAAGAAUUCCCUUUUUUCACUUUAGUUAUUAUUUUUUAGUGAUUAUACUACAGUCACUGGGUUGGGUUGUUUUUGUAACAUUCUGAAUUAUCAUCCCUUAACUUUAGUAUGUUUUUUGUGUCUAAACUAGCUCAACAUUGAAAAAGCUAUUGACUUUCUGUUACAGCCAAAACAACCCAAAUUAUAAUUAUUUCAACAGUGUGCUUUAGAGUUAUAAGAAUAUUCUCCUAAAUAGGAAGCUGCUGGUUUAUGCAAAACACUGUUGGCUGGUAAUAUGACCAAACAGGUUUUGAAGGAAAACUUUUAAAGAUAUUCAAAAAGCUUGAAAAACUGUUGAUGAAAACCACUUUAAAAAACUGCAAGAAAGUCUUGCUGAUUGGAGGACAAACAUGAAGAAAUGAAAGGUGGUUUAAAACAUUUGGACUGUAGUAUAAACUGAAAGCAAACAUAAAAAUCAGCCCCUUGAUUCUUUUUCUCUAUUCAGUACAUUUUUUUCUCCUUUGUUUUUAUUGUUGACAUUUUUGUUUCUUUGAAAAAAAAAUCUUGUGUGAUCACAUGCCAACAAAUCUCUACAAGGUGGACGCAGUACCAAAAAUGCAUUCACACACAUGGCAAGGGGUCUUACAGAGGCAAUGCAGUCCACUCCAUGGAACAUCCUGCUCCAUACUCUCCCACAUCCUGUACACAGACUUGAAAUGUGGAAAGACGGCUGAGAAGCGUCCGCCCAGUUGUUCAGUAGCACCACAUCGACAUAACACGCUCAGAUAACGGCAACGUACAGCCAGCCUGUUGGUGCUAUAUCCCAUCUAUUCAAAGACUUGACAUAAGGGGAGGAACAAACACAAAACUUUUAAGCUAUUCUCUCCAUAAUGUUUGUACGUGUAUCUUUUUAUAUAUUAUUAUUUUUGUUAUUAGUAGUAAUAUUUCUUGGCCAGCUUCAUGUCUGACUAGACACCAUGUACAGUACUUAAAAAUAAAAUUAUUUAUCUAUGAAAGAAUUAUAAGCUGAUCCAAAAUAGGUUUUCUUAUGAAGAAUUCAGUGACUCGCCGAUUGCACAGCACAGUCUAUAUGAUUCAGUGUAUUUUUGGGGACUAUAAUCACUAAUGAAUGUUUUCUUCUUAAAGAACCAUUUCCUUCUGUUACUUACCUCCGCACCCUUUGGGCACAGCCGUGUCAGUUUGGCAUUCAGGUCAUCGAUGUUCACUGGCCCUUAAGGACAGUGAACUCACUUCCCUGCAUGCACACCCAGCCACCCCGCCUCCGCCAGUCAGCGCAGAACCAGGGUCAUAAUUCUGUACCGUUUUAUUUUGUUUUCCCCUGCUUCUUAAGGCUGAAGCUCUUCUCUGUUCACGGGUAUUGUAAUAUUUUAUUCAAGCUUCUCGUGGUACAAGCUACAAAUGACAAAGCUAUUUUUUUUUCCAAGAGAGGAAAUGAUUUUGAAUCAAAAUAUACUUUGUAUUUAAUGUCAUUUUUUAAAUAAAAAAUGAACACAUUUUA